AUGUGACUCGAGGUGUUGUGCAUUGAAUCAAUUGCCAGAUCUUUAAUCGGUGUGUGAAUGGUGUGAAUGUGACCACAGAUAUGACACCAAUCACUAAAUACACACUUUUGGUGGACUCGUAUGAGACACGCAUUGCUUUGUAUGAAAGUAUCCAUAAUUUGUCUCAAGUUCUUGAGUGGACUCAAACCCACGACAACAUCUGCCUCAUCAGCGCUCAAACUACUUGUCUUUCGGUUCACAUUAACUCUCAUCUCAUUUAAGAUCACCGAAAGUCUCAAGACGUUUGGAGUGACGCCAACCGAUGACUCGUUACCAGUAAUUGUCUUAAGUGUGGAUCAAAUGAAUGACACUUUAAAUACUGAAGUGUUUGACAAAAUCGAUGGAAAACUUGUGGCAAUGGAUUCCCUGAAGUCUUUACGCAACGACUCUCUCAUUGAUAAAAUCUAUAACCUGAAGAACUGUACGAAUGAGAGCCAAAAAUGGGAUUUAAUUGUCACCCGAAUCGCUACUAAAGAUAUCGUUUGAUUUCAUUUCAUUGAUAACUAAUAAAGAUUUAUAUUUUACAAAAGUUUAAUGAUUAAUGUAUUAUUUUGUAUAAAUAAUCCAGGC